AUGGGGGCUCUGAUCAACAUGCAGCCCCUGUUUCUGCUCUUCCUGCUGCUGAAGCCACUGCAGUUUGUGAGGAUAAAUGAUCCAUCUUUAUCAGAUGAACGACGAGAAGAAUUAGAAGACUAUUUAGAAGACUUAUAUGCUACAGGGCCUACCAAACCACCUACCAAGGAAGCGUUCAAAACCCAUGUCAUUAUUAAUUCUGAAAUGCCAUUAACUGAUCAAGACUACUGCAAUCAAGAAAUGAGGAUGAAACGUGUUCACAAUAGGCUUUAUUGUGUUAAACAGCAUUUCUUCCUCCAAGCAUCAUAUAAUGACAUUCAAGAGAUCUGUCAUAACAUUUUUGUGCAAUGCACAAAUGGGGUUAGGAAAUGUCACAGGAGCCAGCAAAUAAUAUCCGGAGUGCAUUGUGCUUUAAAAAGUGGGACCAUGAUGCCAUCUUGUGAAUACACAUCAUCUUACAGAGAGGGAUGGGUCCUUAUCACUUGUCAAUGGGACGAUAUUGUUGGAGAAAUUAUCCCUGUGUCUGUAAUUGAUAUUUUGGCCGUAUAA